GCAAGCGCGCUCCCCGUCCGCGCCUUGGGGACCCCACCUCCCCCGCCGCGACAGCCCGCCGUCUCCUGCCCGCCUAGAGCCAAGGGGGGCGGCGGCCGCAGGUCCCCCACACCCCAGGGGCGGAGCGAGGCGCCGAGACGUCAGGGCGGAGGACCAGCGCGGGGCGGGCGCGCCCUCCCGGCGGCUGCCCGUGGCCCACGUCCCCGACUGGCGCGGCCGCCGGCGGCCGGGGAGCUGUGCAGUUAGCGGCGGCGCUGGGGCGCAGCCAGGCGGGCGGGGGCCGGAGGCUGAGCCGGCGAGCCAGCCGUGCGCACAGCUCUGCCCGCCACCCCAAGAGCGGAUCCCCGGCCGCCCCUCGGCUCUCCCCGGGCUUCUAGCGCAGCCCCUCGGGGUGCCCAUCCAUUUCCUCAGGUCACUACAGCGUGUGUUUUGUUUUUCUUUUUCCCCUCCCUGUGUGCCCUUCUCCAGGAUGGCAGAGGCGGAAUUGCACAAGGAAAGGCUGCAAGCCAUAGCAGAAAAAAGAAAGAGGCAGACUGAAAUAGAAGGCAAGCGACAAGAGCUUGACGAGCAGAUACUUCUGCUGCAGCAUUCCAAGUCCAAAGUGCUUCGGGAAAAAUGGCUGCUGCAGGGUAUCCCCGCUGGAACUGCCGAAGAGGAGGAAGCCAGGAGGCGGCAGUCUGAAGAGGAUGAAUUCAGAGUCAAACAACUGGAAGAUAACAUUCAGAGGCUGGAGCAGGAAAUACAAGCACUAGAAAGUGAAGAGUCCCAGAUAUCUGCCAAAGAGCAAAUCAUCUUAGAGAAACUGAAGGAGACGGAAAAAUCCUUCAAGGACUUUCAGAAGAGCUUCUCCAAUGCGGAUGGAGAUGCAGUAAAUUACAUUUCCUCCCAGCUCCCCGACCUGCCAAUCCUCUGUUCACGAACAGCAGAACCAUCACCUGGGCAGGACGGGACUAGCAGAGCAGCUGCUGUGUACGCCAUGGAAAUUAAUGUGGAGAAAGACAAACAAACAGGAGAGACCAAGAUUCUCUCUACAUCCACCAUUGGCCCAGAGGGGGUCCAUCAGAGAGGAGUCAAAGUCUAUGAUGACGGUACCAAAGUAGUGUAUGAGGUGCACUCAGGAGGCACUGUAGUAGAAAAUGGAGUGCACAGAUUAAGCUCAAAGGAUGUAGAAGAGCUUAUUCAGAAGGCGGGACAAUCAAGCUUCAGAGGAGGGCACGUGUCAGAAAGAACUGUGAUUGCGGACGGGAGCCUCAGCCACCCUAAGGAACACAUGCUCUGCAAAGAAGCCAAGUUAGAAAUGGUACAUAAGUCUAGGAAAGAUCAUUCUUCCGGGACCCCAGGGCAGCAGGCCCCAGCUCCCAGCACGGAAGGGCCGGAGGCAAACUUGGAUCAGCCAGUCACCAUGAUUUUCAUGGGCUACCAAAAUAUUGAGGAUGAAGAGGAGACUAAGAAGGUGCUAGGCUAUGAUGAAACCAUCAAGGCUGAAUUGGUCCUCAUUGAUGAAGACGAUGAGAAGUCAUUGAGGGAGAAGACCGUGACGGACGUGUCCACUAUCGAUGGGAAUGCGGCAGAGCUUGUGUCCGGGAGGCCAAUCUCAGACACCACAGAGCCCUCAUCCCCAGAAGGGAAGGAAGAGAGCCUGGCCACAGAGCCAGCCCCAGGGGUCGGGUGGGAAAGUGUGCUGCUAAAGGGAGACGAGGCAGCCUCAGAUGCCACAGAAACAUCCAGUGCAGACAUGACUAUCAAGAAGCCUCCCCAGCUUUCUGAGGAUGAUGUCCGGCUAAAAAACGAGAGAGACAAUUGCAGCGUCAGCCCCCUGGAGCCUGCAACCAGCUCCCUUCCCCCAGAUCACAAAAACAUGGAAAUUGAAGUCUCUGUUGCAGAAUGUAAAAGUGUUCCUGGCAUCACCUCUACCCCGCCUUCCAUGGACCACCCCUCCCCUUUCUACUCACCCCCCCACAAUGGCCUCCUCGCUGAUCACCAUGAAUCUCUGGAUAAUGAUGUGGCCAGAGAGAUCCGCUAUCUAGACGAGGUGCUGGAGGCCAGCUGCUGCGAUUCUGCUGUGGACGGAACUUACAACGGCACGUCGUCCCCAGAGCCUGGAGCAGUCGUCGUGGCGAGCAGUCGAAGCCCACCUGCCCACACAGCCAUCCAGCCAGAACUCACGGAGAGGGCAGUGGGCAGACAGGCCCCUCCUCACGUCGAGUUCAGCACAAGCAACUCUGACGCCAUGGCAGAGGGUGGAAAAGCCAACGGCCACUCGCCUGACCAGCCCCAAGAUCUGCUGGGGGACGGCCUCCAGGCACCCGCGAGCCCCAGCUCCUCCACCAGCUCGCGGUGCUCGGGCCGUGACGGGGAGCUCACGCUCACCACACUGAAGAAGGAGGCCAAGUUUGAGCUGCGUGCCUUCCAUGAGGACAAGAAGCCCUCCAAGCUCUUUGAGGACGACGAGAAUGAGAAGGAGCAAUUCUGUGUCAGAAAAGUGAGGCCUUCGGAAGAGAUGCUGGAGCUGGAAAAGGAAAGGAGAGAACUCAUCCGGAGCCAGGCCGUGAAAAAGAAUCCUGGCAUCGCGGCAAAAUGGUGGAAUCCUCCCCAGGAAAAAACCAUCGAGGAGCAGCUGGACGAGGAACAUCUGGAGUCGCACAAAAAGUACAAGGAGCGCAAGGAGAGGAGGGCGCAGCAGGAACAGCUGCUCAUGCAACAGCAGCAGCCGCCCCCAGCCCAGCUCUGCGCGGCCCCCGUGGCCUCCCGUGACCAGGCCAGCGCGGCAGAAAACGUAAAGGAGGACAUCGUCACCGAGCAGAUAGACUUCUCUGCUGCUCGCAAACAGUUCCAGCUCAUGGAGAGUUCCAGGCAAACAGUGGCCAAGGGCCAGAGUACACCUAGGCUCUUCUCUAUCAAGCCCUUUUAUAGGCCUCUGGGGUCAAUCAACUCAGACAAGCCACUGACCAUCUCGAGACCAGCUUCCGUCGGGGGCCUUCCAGAAGACAGUGGUGCAUCAGCAGCCAAGGGGCAGCAGAAAGCCAGCUGUGCCCUGGAGAGUCAGCCUGCGGGGGGAAGCCAGGGCAGCACAGCUCCUCAGGGGAGGGAAGGGCCCUACAGUGAGCCUUCCAAACGUGGGCCCUUAUCCAAACUGUGGGCAGAGGAUGGGGAGUUUACCAGUGCCCGGGCCGUCCUCACUGUGGUCAAGGAUGACGACCCUGGGAUCUUGGAUCAGUUUUCAAGGUCAGUCAAUGUCUCUUUGACCCAAGAGGAGCUUGACUCUGGUUUGGAUGAAUUGUCAGUGAGGUCCCAGGAUACCACUGUCCUGGAGACCCUGUCCAACGAUUUUAGCAUGGACAACAUCAGUGACAGCGGGGCCUCCAAUGAGACAACCAAUGCCCUCCAGGAGAAUUCACUGGCUGAUUUUUCUCUGCCCCAGACUCCACAAACUGACAACCCUUCAGAGGGCCGAGGAGAAGGCGUCUCCAAGUCCUUUAGCGAUCACGGUUUCUAUUCCCCUUCAUCCACACUGGGAGACUCUCCAUCGGUUGAUGACCCCUUGGAGUAUCAGGCUGGUCUCCUGGUGCAGAAUGCCAUUCAACAAGCCAUAGCCGAGCAAGUGGAUAGAGCUGUGUCCGAAACCAGCAAGGGUGGGACAGAACAGCAGGGACCUGGAACAACUCUAGAGGAAGCUGGCACUGGGGCUCCCAGUUCAGAGAAGCCUCAGAGCAUGUUUGAGCCGCCUCAGGUGUCUUCUCCUGUUCAAGAGAAGAGGGAGGUAUUACCAAAGAUUCUGCCUGCUGAAGACCGGGCACUCAGGGAAAGGGGGCCCUCCCAGCCACUGCCAGCCGUACAGCCCAGUGGCCCAAUAAACAUGGAGGAGACCAGACCGGAAGGGAGCUAUUUCAGCAAGUACUCAGAGGCAGCUGAGCUGAGGAGCACAGCCUCGCUCCUGGCCACUCAAGAGUCCGAUGUGAUGGUUGGGCCCUUCAAGCUGAGGUCAAGGAAGCAGCGGACUUUGUCCAUGAUCGAAGAAGAGAUCCGAGCAGCUCAAGAAAGGGAAGAGGAACUGAAGAGGCAGAGGCAAGUCUUGCAGAAUACCCAGAGCCCCAGGGCAAAGAACGCCCAAUCGCUGCCCUCCCGAACGUCAUGCUACAAAACCGCUCCAGGGAAAAUAGAGAAAGUCAAACCUCCUCCAUCCCCCUCACCUGAAGGCCCCAGCUCGCAGCCUGACUUAGCCCCCGAAGAGGCUGCCGGAUCCCAGCGGCCCAAGAAUCUGAUGCAGACCCUCAUGGAAGACUAUGAGACACACAAAUCUAAAAGGCGUGAGAGAAUGGAUGAUAGUAGUUACACCUCUAAGUUACUGUCUUGCAAGGUGACUUCCGAGGUCCUUGAGGCCACACGGGUUAAUCGAAGAAAGAGCGCACUGGCCUUGCGCUGGGAGGCAGGGAUCUAUGCCAACCAGGAGGAAGAGGACGAUGAGUAACAAACUUCCUUCCACCCAGGAAGCUUCUUUGGUGCUUGGGUUACCAAGAAACCAAGCAAUCAACACAUCGAAGCAUUUUAAUGGAAUAUUUAUUAAAGUGCAAACAAACUCCACAAUCCUUAUGUAGACCAGAAGCUGCAAUGACCAACGAUGAAAAAUAAAGUCAAAAGAAGCCUACCCAUCAAACUCUAUAAACACCCAGGAGUCAAAAGACAAAGGAUUUUUUGAGACUCAAAAGAAUCACCUGGAUUUGGACCAAUCCACAAUUGAUCCAAAAGGACAAAGCAGUAACAAGCAAAUCAACAUGGUUGCUCCAGGCGGAAUUGAGACCAGCCUCGCUGGGUGAUGACAAACAUUGGUGACAGGGCCAUUUAGAGCUGCAGAGCCCACGCCGGUGCAAUCUACAGGGUGUUGGAGACUCCCGGCACCGGUUCCCUACCGUCGCUCACAGCAUCAGAGGUGUGGGAAUAACUCCGUUUACUCCAGCAGCCGUAAAAUGAAAUGCAAGUUUCUCUAUAUCUGCCAGGAGAGGCAAUUAGGAUUCCAUUUCUCUUACAUCUAAUUGUUUUUAAUUGGGAGCAAUUAAUGAUCGCAAUAUAUAAAAUCCACCUUCUUAAGACAAUGGUUCUUCAUGUUGCAAACACAAUCUAUUCUACAUGAGGGGGUUGAGAAAGAGGGAGAAAGCCAAACCAAAUGGAUUAUUUUAGCUUUAGGAUCUCGUCUGCUUGUAGUAUUGACUAAUUUGCCGUUUAUGAGAACACAUUUUCACAAUUAUGUUUCUUCAUAUGAAAACUAUAUUUAGUGGGCAACAACUAUUUUUAUGAUGGGAUGGGGGGAGUAUAUCCAUGUAUAAAAUCUGUACACAUCCAACAGCUUGGCUCAAGAUGGUGGGGGUAUUUUUAGAGUGGCAAUAAUUGAAAAAAGGGCAAACUCUGCCUUCGAGAGGCAGAUGACAGGAAAUAAAAAGGUGUUUAUAACUAUAUUUUAUAUUAUAAAGUGGACCUUAGUAGGAAGAAUGACAGAUUAUUUUGGAUCAAUCAGAAAGGAAUCAUUAAAGAAAGGACAUGAAGGUAGACAGAGAAACAGGGAGGGAGAACGUGGGAAAUUAAGGAAGUAACAGAUAUUAUUUUUGCUGAGCAACCAGCGUUUUUCAGAAUGAUAAAGAGAAAAAUAUAGAAUAGAAAUCUAAGUGCAGGCUUGGAAUCAGCUACAAAUCCUAAAGAUGGUGUGUGUGUGUGUGCGUGCGUGUGUGUGCGUGUUUGUGUGCAUGCGUGUGCGUGUGCGCGUGCGUGCCCGUGCGUGCUCAUGCACGUCCCUUUGUGUGUUUGGGUAAAGUGUGUGUGCAAGGAUUAAAAUUCCAGAAUGCUCAUGGGACAAGGGUGUACAGUUAUUUCCUCCAAAGCUGUUUGCCAGCGUCAGGAGUGAGUGAGAAUUUCUUUUUUAUGAAAAGGGAUAUAGAGGCACCGACCUGAUGCAGUAUUUGUAAUAUUAAAUUGACCUAACAUGGUAUUUGCAUGAGUCACAAUUGCAAAGUUUUGAGCAGUUUUGUAAUUUGACAUUUAGAGAAGUACCGUAUUUAUUCUCAUGCUUUGUAUUCAUAGCUUAGUAUACUGUAAAGGAUGCCAGCUCUAUCUCACUGUCAUUUAAAGCAAUAUGAAAUGGGUAUUCAAUAAUUGGGUGCCCUGAAUUUCUGGAUGAGAAAAGUUUUUAAUUCUGGCCAUGAGAAAAAAAACUGACCAGCCUUUCUUUUUUCUAUUUGUUUUAAAACUAUGGUUUUUAAAAGAGCAAUAAUGAAGCCAGACCUCACUAAAAUUCCUUUUUGUUUUUAUACUGUUAUGUCAUAAGCUCUAAUAUGUUAUUCUGACAAAUAACAACUCCACAACAGUGUGUACGUAGAUGUUAGGCACAUUACCUUUGCUUCUUUUAAUAGUGUAGUGUUGACUUUAGGGGGAAAGUUUAUUCACAGGCAAGCGCUAGGCAUAAAGUAGAAAGGCAACCAUCUGAUAACUUACAAGGAUCCUUUAAAACUGCCAAAGGAACCUGCAAUUUGAAGCCAAAUCCUAGAGAUCGGUGGCUGGCACCAUCUUUAUGUGGUUUAUUCUCCUGAAUACCGUGAAGGAAUAUUCAACAAAAUGUGCUAGCCACUGGGGACACAAAACAAGUAAGAUCCCUGCUGCAAGGAAUUCAUUUUCAAGUGGGGGAGGCUGGCAUGGAGACAGACAUUCCCAGGAAAAUGAGGUCUGUGUUAGACUAGAAGUCCUGACGGGUGAAAUGGGAGGCCCCAGGAAGGCUGCCUUGCCUGAGGGUUUUCAGCGUUCCCAUGGCAGGCAUGUGACUAAAAGAUGGGACAAGAGCUUCCUGUGGCUCAGGGGCACAGUGGCAGCUAGGAUGGCUGGAGAGCAGAUGGUUUUAUGAGAUGCACAAAAAAAGAAACAUGCUUCGUGUUUUCUGGACUAACUCUGGAUCUGGUAGAGAACACAGACUUGAUAUAGACAAACACUGUCUUUCCCAAGAGGAAACAGCCCUCAGGACCCACCUGACAUUGUUGUGUUUUGAAGGAAGCCGGGUCCCCACCCAUCUUAAACCUACAUUUGAGAAGAGAAUUUGCAGCUGAAUGGGAAGCUUAGGAGGCCACCCAAUUCGUGGAAUCUUUUGGAGGCAGACAAAUUGGCCUUUGACUACAGUUGACUGAACCAGAAGCAUUGCCUAGAGUUCUAGCAGGGAUCCUUUGGUCCUCGCUCCACGUGUAGAUAAGGCAACAAAUGCAGAGUUUCCGUGAGCCUCCCACAGUCAACAGCGCUGCUUAACUGUGGCCCCUACAUCUGCAACAUUCGCUUGUUCCCUCUGCUGCCUUCUGAGGACUGCUGUCGAUUUCCUUGGUCCACUCACUUAGAAUCCUAUUAAAAUGUAAAUUGCAGUUCCCUUGGAAGAGCCAGGUUUUCUCUGUGCUCUUGAGUUUUUUACCCGUUCAGAAAACAUCGGGCUUUGUACACAGCACCGUGCCAGGCCCUGGGAUCCCAAAGGAACCCCUUUAACCUUCUGAACAUGCAACAGACCCCUGGAGGAGAGUCAUUACUGCCUAAUCCAUCAAGAGGAAGAGGCCUGUCAAAGAAAUUGGCCUCUGAUGCUCGUCCCUGCCCCCAAAUAGCACGCAAGCUUGUUAAUCUCAACUAUAACAAAUGUUUAGAUUCUGUAGAUGUUAAAAGCUUUCCUGAAAGCGUUCCCUUCCACAGUGUUUAUAGAUGUUCACUUUCCUCGGGAGCUGAUUAACUACUGACAUGCCUUGGCUCUCUCAUCCAGAAAUUAUGGAAACAGGGUCUGUCAGUGGUAGGAGGCUGGGCUGUAGUCUACUCGGGUGACACAAUGCAAUUUCCUUGCCUCUUUACACCUCUGCAUGCUGCCCACCUUAGACAAUGACGUAUAAGCAGUAUAUAGAUCAGUGUCCACGUACAUACACAACACAACACAACACACACAUAUAAGGUGUAACAAGAAACACUAAGACAGUGUUGACUCUUGUCUCUGAAGACAAACAUUUUUCCAACUCAAGAAUGGAUGUAAUUAAACUAUGUAUUGAAAAAAAAAAUAGCCUAAGUGUUUAGAGAUGGUGAAUAUAUCCAGUUUUAGUGACAGAACCAAUUUCCUGAAUUUUAAGCAUUCAGUGAGUGAACUGCCAGCUUUGAUUUUGUGUUGCCCUUUACCCAAAUGACUUUUUUUUUUUUGGAGGAGGGGUGGGGGGGAAACAGCAGCAAUACUGUGUUUGAAAAUUAUACUCUGUAUCUGGCUCUCCUGUGUAUGUUAACCACUUAAAUGUUAUUAUCCUGCUUCAGUUUUAUAGUGAUUGUGAGGCAUUCGAUGCAAGUAUACAAUUAUUUUCUCAUUAAAA